CACUUCCUGUACUGCGAUGACGCACGUUGGAUGACUUGACACAGCUUGUGGAGCUGUGGCAGCACCGCAGAGAAGUGAAGUUGAGCAUCCUGCAGGUAAUGUCCGCUCAUUGUGCUGUGUCAGUAAUGCUUUGUUGUUAGUGGUUUAAUAUGUUUGGUAGCUUUGUUUGCUCUCAAAUUUGACACGGUACGGCUCGGACUGAUAUUCUUGCCCAUCACGUUUUUUCCCUGACGCUAUUUCUGCGGAAGAUAAAGGCAGCUAACAUGAAGGUGGGAAGCUACUCCACAGCUCGAAGAGGGUGUUGUCCAGUUUGUGGGAUGUUUUGGCGUACACGUACGAAGGGUGUUAAGCUACCUAAAUCAGUCCUGGGCUAACGUUAGUCUAUCCCCAAGCUUGCUUCAUUCAUUGUCUGUGAGAGGUAGGAGGUGCCGAGCUGCGUCAAGCUAGCAAGUAUCAGACACGCUGAGACCGGAAGUGGAGAAAUUCACACCCAGUAAAAAACGUGCAGUAGAUAUUCGGCGAAGUUAAACGUUUUCGAAGACAGAUGUGGUGCCAAAAUAAAUAUAAAAAUAUAUAUGUAGUGGAAAACUUCUUCAACGACAUUGUUAGGUUUAAGGUUGCCAGGUUUGCGAUGUUAUUUUAUUUUGAAAGUUGUUUCCCCUUUUGGUUUUGAUAAUACUUCUAGCUUUACGUUGAUAGUAACAGCAGAACUGCCUGAUUCAAUGUAUAAAAAUUAGACUAGUCUUGCUCUGCGUUGCCGAAGUAUUGUAUUAGUCCUGUUAUCUAGUAGUACUGAUGCAACCGCUGCUCACAAGCGACACAUUAUUUGCAUGUUGUGCUUUCAUGGGCUUUUUGCAUACAGUGGGCUUGAUCAAUAUGAUAUCCUGGAACAAGACUGUUUUAUUCGGGUGUGUUGAAUCAUUUAUUUUGCAUUUUGUCGUGUUGUGCUGGGAUCUGUUAGUGCUAUGCGCCGUUUUUUGUAGGUAACCAAAGUCCAUUCAAGAAAUCUGACAUUUUGAUUUAUUUCUCAUAUACGUGUGCAGGCGCGCAUGCCCACUCAGAUGAGGUAAUUUUACAAAUUACUUAUUUAUUUACUGUGUCAUCUAACAACUAGCGAGUCUGUUCCUCUUAUUUUUUCCUCCUCCUUAUUUAGUAAAAAAAAAAAAAAAAAAGAAAAAACAUAGUAAGACACAUGAUCAAACUGGGUUAAUGACAGCCGAAUUUACCACACAUGAAGCCUUUUUAAAAGCCAACAACUCUUAAAGAAAAAAAUCGUAUGUACAGUCUUAAAUCUUCCUUCAGACUAAAACUUGUGAUUUAUGCAUCGGGUUUUGGCGUCGCCGUCCCCCCACAUGCAACAGAAAACGAAACCCGCUGCCUGGCUGCGUAACGCCUCCCUGCUGCUCGGACAUUUCUGCAUAACCUGCUUCCAAGGAAUCCAAAAUGACAUCAUGCGUGUGAAACAGUGGCGAUCAGGGCAGAUUUUGUUGUUGUUAUUGUCGUUUUUGUUCUCAUUCAGCGAGCGUGUGUGGCUCAAAACCCCGUCGAUAAUAUUACAUAAUCACACCGAGCUUAAAUUGGUGGGGUGAUUUGUUUGUUAGGAUAGAGUCCAAAAUGGAUAAGCUCUUACCUCCUAUAUAUUAUCGUGGAUUUCUGUGCCUUUACUCUUUCUAUCUCGAUUGACCUAAAAAUGAAAAUAGAUAUGAGGAUGUUGCUACAAAGAGAAAGAAAACAGGCUACUGGGUGGAUCAAGUCUGCAGCUCCAAAACACUCCUCAUUGAAAUGAUGCUUUUCUGGAUUAGAGGGCAUCUGAGGACAGCUCUGGCUUGCAACAUCGCUCUGCUGCAAAAACACUCGAUGCAACAACAGCGUCUUUAUUUGGUCUCCCUCCUUGUGAAUGUGAUGUGUUUAUCAUAGGAUUGAGCAUUAACCCUCAAACAUGUCUGUGUAGACCAACAGUAGGCUAUGGCUGUCUGGGUAUACAGAUCAAUAUGAUCAGUUGUCGACUCCCAAACAAGGCUGAAAUGAGUCUUUUCACUGUCUGUUAGUCUAUUGAUCCAUUUACUUCAAAGUCAGCGGGAUGUAUAUAACCACGAAUUAGCUUUUUUUUCCCUACUGACAAUCACAAAAGUAGACAUAUUCAAAUUCAAAAAACAACAACAGAAGAAUAAUAACAGGAGCAAUGGAGGCUGGUGGAUCUUUCUGUGUGAUAGAUUUAAAAAUGAGCUCAAUUUAUUUGAGUAUUUUAAUGUUUAAUUGAAGUUCGAUUUUUUUAAAGAUGCAUUUUUACAUUAUGACUGCGCCCUUAACACAGUGUCGCUUCAAUAGGGAUGCCCAAUAUAUUAGAGUUUUGCUGUUAUUGAUGCCACUAGCCGGUGCUGUAUCUCUGACCGAUGACCAUAAUGCCAUAAUGUUCUACUGCUAGGGCUGGGCGAUAAAACGAUAACGAUAUCAAAAGUUAAUUUUCCUCAAUAUCAAUAUAAAACAUGGUCAGUAUACUUUUCAUUAACCGGCAUUCUGCCAUGUUUAGUAAACUGUACGAAUAGCAAAGGAAAAGGGGAGUUGCCUCAGGUCCGCUUCUUCCUGAACCAAUUAUGUGCUGAAGUAGCAGACUGCAGCUACACGCAACCUAACAGAUGAUGACAAUGUCGACAACACUGGCACGAAAACAUCGGUGGUGUGGAGGUAUUUAGUUUUUUUAAAGUCAGACAUGAAGCAGAGUAAUAAAUCCCAUCAUACUGUUCAGCAGUGUAAUACAAACAAUGGGGAAUUCAACUUGGAAGGUAUCAGUUAUCAGGAGUUGAUAAACAUCAUUACGCCAACCAUAUUUGACCACAUUCAAAUCCCAUAACUCAUUAUCUCAUAUAUGAUCAUAUAUUAUUAUUCUUGGAAAAGGAUCUUGCUAAGAGAAAAAAUAAUGUUAUGUAUAGAAGUAGUUUUGUAGACACAAAGCGAAGCAGACACUGACUCAGGCUAGAGUCAUCUUUGCAUAUUUACAGUAAGGAUUUGGACUGUUUGUAGGCGCUCUCUCAUCCUUUGACUGGAACCUGAGGCUGCCUCUCACUGUGUUUUCACGUCACGCUGUCUCAGUCUGCUGCACAGGGGGUCAGAUUUUUAGCAUUCUUGUGUCAGACUGAGUCCUGAACAAGGAGUUCCCCUCCUGAAAGGCACAGUGCAAAAGUCCAGUGACUGUGACUGAAGCUGUUUGUUAUCAGUGUUCACCUCUUGGAGCUGUCCUUCACUUCGGUAAAGGGACAUAAUAACAAUCCCCUGCAUGUUCCAGCAGCCAGGUUAGGUAUUCAGUACCUGUAGAGCAGCAAUCACUCAUCCAGAUGAUGUACGGGUGGCAGCUCCUGUCAUGUUGUGUUUGUAGGAUGGCUUGUAAAGGAAAUACGGAACCUAUGUGUGUCAGGUUUUACACACUCUUCUGUCAAUGUCAUAAGUCUCUCUGAUGUACUUUAAGUUAUACAUUUAAAGGAGCCCUCCAACCAUUUAUGCAAAAUCCUUUUAAACAUCAUGAUGUGGUCUUCGGAUCUGAAAAGAGGUGUUGUAACCAUGAUGAUGCCAUUAGAGGGCUGCCUUUAUGGUGGUUUUCUCACUGCAUUUAAUACUAUUUCAUAGUAUCAUAUUGAAUAACUUUGUCUACAUAUUAGGGGUGGGAGAAAAAAUCGAUACAGCAUGGUAUCGCGAUAUUUUAUCUGGUGAUAUAUCCUAUCGUCUCAUUUACCAAGUAUCGUUUUUUCCAAUUUAUGCUAAUAUAAAAUCAAAUCUAUGAUAAUGGAAAAAUAAAAUCAACUGUUUGUCCAGUGAGGUUGGCAGAGGUGACGUCAUAGAGCAGAAUAAAGUUGGUACAACACAUAUAAGGUUUGCAAGAAGUGCGACAGGAAAAUAAAAUACAGCGUAAAUAAGACAAACAUAAGGGAAAGACAAAUGCUGAAGUAGCUAAACAGUUAAAAAAAUUGUAUAAAUCGCAAUAUAUUAAAUCGCAAUACUCAAAUUACAAAAUGUUAAAAAUCGCAAUAAUAUCGUAUCCUGGCCCGAGUAUCGUGAUAAUAUCGUAUCGUGGCCCAAGUAUCGUGAUAGUAUCGCAUUAUGGCCCAAGUAUUGUGAUAAUAUCGUAUCGUGGCCCAAGUUUCGUGAUAAUAUCAUAUCGUGACCCAAGUAUCGUGAUAAUAUCGUAUCGUGAUAAUAUCGUAUCAUGGCCCAAGUAUCGUGAUGAUAAUAUUGUAUCAUGGGGCCACUAGUGAUUCCCACCCCUACUACAUACAGUAUACCGUAGAGUGAUACGAGCUUGCCCACACCAAGCCCUGAUCCAAUACUUGUAUUUGCCUCGAUAACUGAACUGCUAACUUUUUUAGUCCACAGAAAUUAUUAAAGUAAACAAAAUAGAUUGCUAAUGCUAUGUAAAUGACUCCCCUUUGCUUUUGAACCAUGUGUCUCUGGUGAGAGACCAAAGGGUCUUCAAAGCAGAUGUUGUAAUUGAGCUGGCUUUGCACUUGUUUUUGUGUUUUUAAGUUGGAGUUAAGUUUAUGUCAUUGCUGGUAUAGGCGAACCCAGAAUACUACGUUUGCACCUUGCAAAUUUGCUGCUUGCAAAUUGUGCUCAGUGAUAGCUGAUAUAAAUAACUGGGGAGAGAUGAUUGGCUCAAAAUUGGCUAAAAAUGCCAGUCCCCUCUAUGAUCUAGUUGCUGAUGAUCAGGACAAACUCAGUCUUAUCUUAUUGCAUUGUGUCAUAUAUCACUGCACCGCCUGGCUUUGCAUUCUACCGCAUCUUAUCCUUACUAUCCUAUCAUACUGUAUGGUAUUGUAUUAUAUUACUGUAUUAUUUUGUACUGUAACAUUGUGCUUUGUAUUUCAAGUUAUCCUGCAAUUCCCACCACUGAUCAGUGCAGUCAGAUCAGCAUUUUUAUACAACAUAAUACACAUAAUAUAUACGCAUUCCAUAAAUACAUCACAGUUCAACUUUAUGAAGAAAUAACUCAGCAUGAGUCUGAUUCUUUUUAUUUUUCUUAAUCAAAUCCAUGCACCGGCAACUGGUAGUCCUCCAAGACUUAGUAUCUCAAGAGAGUAUUCAAAAUCUUUUUUCAUUUUUCUAAGAGUUUGGGAUAUUUUCUUUCUCCUCUAACAAACAAUAGUCAAAUUUUGUUCUUUUGUUUCAGUGAUGUUCAAGUUAGAUUCUCAGUUUGUGGUGCUUGCUAGUCUAAGUCAUGCAACCUGAUGAAUAAAUGGUGAUUACUUCUUUUGCUGCCAAAGUCUCGUCCAUAGCAGAGAAGUCAUGAUGUUUAACAGCAUCUGGUGAUCUUGUAUAUGUAAAACGCCUUCUGAUUGGGAUAUCUGUUUACUGUAGUGCAAUAUAUUGCAACCAUUUGAAUGGCAUCUGGCAGCUCUUUUCAUUGUGUCCAGAUUGGGUCCAUUUAGUGCUGUUCAGAAUCACAGGUAAGGAGAUGUGUAAAGUGAAGACGCAAAUCCUGCUGAUGUGGUCUGUGGUGCAUUUUGCCAAAACAUUGACCCAGAAUAGCUGACCCAGCUCAUUAUGUGUCUCCCAGUCUAUCAAGCAUAAACCAAACCAUCAUCAUAGCCAUUAUCCUUGCUAUAAAACCUCUAAGUUUGUUAUGGAUCCCAGUGGGUUACAGUCAUAUAUCAAUACUGAUGUUUCAUGGGUGCUAAAGUGGGCACAUAGUGGCCUCAUUGUGGCACUGAUAGGCCUAAAGCCCAAAUGGCCUUCACUAUGUUUGCUAGUGUAGCCAGAACGUGAGGUGUGGUGAUUUUUUGGAUGGCGGCUACAAGCGUGACGUUCAAAAGGCAACCAAUCUGAGAGUUAACCCCGUCCAGCCCAUAACACGCACAGCGGUGAUACAGUAAACAUUAACGCUGUGCUCAGAAUUUCAGAGUGCGUCCUGAGGUCCCUCUGCAUGAUGUUGCAUUAUAAAAUGGCACACGUGUGGUUUUUUUGCUAUGGUCCUUUCAAAGGUUCCUGUGUUCAGACAAGGGCAGUAGAGGCGAAGAGGACAACAUUGAUAUUCAUGAUGCUGUUCUGACGGAGUGACCAGUGACGGGCGCCUCAUCCCUCACAUGUCAGUCAGUACAGUGUCCUUGGUAGCAGGUCAAAUGUGAGGGCAGCUGUAUCCCUGGAGCUUCACUUAUGCUGUCUGUAUCACUCUUCCAGGCACUUAGAGGAGGGAGGAUAUGCCAAGUCGACAAAUAAUCUAAGCUUUUGAGAAACAGUCUUCAGGUGAGGAAGCAAAACUCUUUCAAGUCCGGCUGUCUUUCAGAAGUGAGCCGUGCUAAACUACUCCUUGAGGACAGAGCGGAUUAUAAAGAUGACUUUGAAUACCUGAGUCGAAUGAGUUUUUACUGUAUUCAGAUUCUCGUUCGUGGAGAGCAGCCUCACACACACACACCCCUUGAGCCACAUUGUGGGUUUCCAGGUCACAGGGAAAGAGGCAUUUAAAUUUUAUGUUCUUCUGGAUUGUGAACGUGUAUCAUGAUUCAUAGAUGACCUGGCGAAUUUGGUAUUUGCAGACAAAAAUAUAAACCAUCUGUAUUCAUGUAGGCUUUAUGAGUGUUUUAUGAAAAGGCUGAAAGACCACAAAAUCCAGGGAGUUUCCUGAGAGACAACACAUAGGAGCAGAGUGGAAGAGGGCCUAAAAUUACAGAAGUCAGCUUGACCAUAUAAUAAGUUUUGUAUUUACAUUGUGCAAUUGGUAAAAAAUGAAAGCAAAAAAAGUAAAAAGCAAAAUCGGAGGCAGAAACAAGAUGGCUACAUCUACGAAAGAUAUUUUAGCACUUGCCUUGUCCAGAUAUAAGGCGCUAAAAUAACUUUCGUAGAUGUAGCCAUCUUGUUUCAGGCCUCAGAUUUUGCUUUUCUCCAAACUGGUAACUGAAACGCUGGGAACUCAAGUGUGACGUCAUUUUCAGCUCCGACAUCUGACUUCAGAGGUAACUCGGAUUUAGCAUUUAUAAGGCUUCAUCUUCCCAUCAAUACUUUAGCAUCUACACUUAUAGACACCUAUAAAUUACCAUCAUAAGGCUUGGGACCCAGAUUUAACAUAAUUCUCAGCAUUGACAGAAAUUUUAUAUUAGAUAUUAAGUUUUAGGGAUUUUUUAUUCACUCAACACACUAAAUUUAUCUUGUAUAAAUUCUUGUCCUUUUUUGAAAUAUAGAAAAAUAUUAGUAUAAUAUUGUUGAAUCGCUAAUAUAACAUAAACCAGUAUGAUAUGAAUCAAAUAUAACAACAGAAAUUAUGUCUCAGAGAAAUUUAUUUGACCUGUGAUUUUUAAAGACUGACCCAUGUCCCAUCUGUUAACAUGGGAGCUGGCUCAAUGACCUUUACUCCAAUCAGUCGGAUGUUUUAUACUUAUGGGGAUUUGUUAUAAUGUCUGCCUUUUUACACACUCUAUGGCUGCAUCUUGUGACUUUUUUCAUAUUUUUUUUAAAUCUGAUUGUUCAUUUCUAAAUUGUAUAAACAUGAGUUCUCAAUCAUGAUUUGCAGAAAUAAUCAAAUUCAAAGCUUUAAUGGUUCACUGGAAAAACGUCUCGAUUAAUCACCAAUCGUAUUCCUUCAAUGAAGAAGUGAUUGAUAUUUGACUAACAGUUUAUGUAUAUAGAGCUCUUGUAUUCAUUUCAAACUAGGGAGUCAUUUUGCGAGUCUGAGUCUCCUCCUGCUCAGAACAUCACAACAUCAAUCCUGAACAUCCGCUCCAGCUUCAGUAAGGAGCAGGAAAUGACCGUCCACGCCCUACAGUGGUUACCAUACAUAAUGCUGAACUUGCAUUGCUCUCAUUGGAACAAAUCACUUCCCAAUGCAGUACAUCAUCAAACUUCAUGUUCUCUUUCUCCAACCUGCAAAAAAACCCAAAUUUUUUUUAACACUAAGUGAGUACAGGAGUAAUAAAUCAUAGACUCCACGUGCAAAACCUUGUGUUUAUGAUUUAAGAUGUGUCUAGCACACAUGCGAAAAUAGGGUGUGCGGUGCAUAUACACACACAUCCACGGAUAGUGGUGACAACAUCACAGCUAGUCAUGCAGCAGGGGACCCUAAGGUGCCCCUGGUCAUCAAUCUUUAGGACUUCCCUCAGCCGCAGAGACACAAGCUUAAAUGUCACAACUGCUGUAAGUGAACAGAUUUCCUCCCUGCCGGCACCCGGUCGAGGACGGCAGGAGCGGAAAUUGACUCUCGUCCUUGUUAAUGAAAGGAUGCGCUCGCCAGUUUGUGUUUACGUCCUCACCUACGCAUUGUGCACAGGAAAGCAUGUUGGCACGAGCACCUGCACGUGUGCACUGUGAACACCUUAUGUGUGGGUGUUAAGUGUCGUGAUUACAUGCAGUGUGAGAGUGUGUGUGUGGUGCAUGGGAACCAAGCGUGUGCAUGAAAGGGGUUGGAUGCCAUCAGUGACCCUGGAGGUGCGCGUAUGGACCCAGCUUGGGCUGCUCUGCGAGGUGGAUGGGCCUCUGGUUUGAGUGACCCCCCACUGAGGGAGCAACCUGUCAGGCAGAAGGCCGGACAUCUGCACCUCUCAUUCACAAAUACUGGAUACACACACACGUAUGAUGACGUGAUGUGUACCUGCAUGUCCAACUUAGUCCUCCUGAUCCCCUCAAACAUAAUUUACACAAUACUAAAAUUGUAUUUGAACAUAAUCUUUUCUAUGAAGCGAUGACAUAAUAGGAACAAUCAAUCUAUUCUGGUCAGAUUGAACUUAAUCCCCAUGAACAGAUAUUUGUGGGCGAGGGACAAGAUUUAGAAAGCGGAAACAUUCAAAUUUCUGUUCAUAUUUCGAGUUCAGUUGACCGGUGACGUUUUGUUUGCAUGCAGGAGAAACAGUCUGUGCUGACGACAGUUGAGCUUUUAUUAUUCCCUUCAACAGAUAUCGGCUUAUGACGGUAGAUAAUACCUGAUGACGUUGUCUCCCAACCCCAACUGUCCUAUGAUGCUCAUCUGAGUGUAAACAAUGAUCUUUGUGAAACUGGUUCAUUUCUUACCAGAGUAGAUCACCAGGAUAACUUAUCCUGAACAUAACCUGCUCUGAAAUCAGUUUAAAGAAAAUUCUGCAUAUUGAUCUUGAAAAGAGGGGGGAAAAGCAAAAUGUCCUGGAAAAGCUUAUGCUGUCCUGGAAAAUUUAUUUAAGCAAUCUCCUAACUUUAAAACAAACAAAAAAGUCACAGCUGGCUGCUUACUGCAGUUCUCAUUUGGUGUUGAGACUUUUGACUUUUGAAAAGUUGAACGUGUUAAAUUGGUCAGCACGUUUGCUUUGAUUAUGAAACUAGCUUACUCGAUUCACAUGCAAAGGUUGAAGAUUUGUGAUUCAACUCAGGCUCUGAGUGCUUGUUCCAAAUGUGUGUUAGUCAUUGUUGGGAGAGUUUGAUAAUGAAUAGGACAUAGUGGUUGAAACUAUGAAUGGCAGCCAAACCGUGAGCAAUUCAAACACCUACUGAAAACUGGUGAGUGGCACUAUUUGCUUUUUUUCUUUGCUAUCAGUGCAGUGCUACACUGUUGUAGUAAAACAGGCUGUAUGAUGACAAGAGAGGUGUAGCUUUUGUUGCUGGGUCUCACAGCACCAUUAUAAAAGUGUUUUAAACUGGUUAUUUAUCAAGAGAACUUGGCUUAACCUUAAAUCUAGUGUUAGUUCAGGCAGGCCAAGAAGUAAAGCUCAGUCAUCAAUAGCACAUCAGCUGAUUGAGAAUGAUAUGCUUUUCUCCCAAUUUGAUUCUUUUACGAUUUUUUGGAUGCAGAUUCGAUUUAAAAUGCAAUUCUACGAUAUUGUCAAUUUUCUCGAUCUUUAGUCUGCAGUGAAACAGUUGAAUGAUUAUGAUUGUCUACUGACUACUCCAGGACCCAUAUUUCCCCAAAAAUACACAUCUCACUCAGGGUCUCACUGGGCUCAGUUUUUUUCAACUGCUUCUCAAAUUGUCAACCAUGCCUAUAAAUUUGAAAAAAAAAAAAAAAGAUCAUAACAUUAAAAUUGAUUUCAAAAUUGUAAAACAAAAAAUCGCGAUACUUGUGAUUUUUUCUCCCAGCCCUAUUGAGAACGCUGAGUUGCAGGGAAAGGAUGUGACCGAUGAUUUAUUCUAUCAUGGAUUUGUCAUCAUUUUGAGCUUGUAAGAGUUAAUCAGACCCUCACAGAAAGAAACAUAUCAAUGUAUAGGUAUGAUGUCAUACCAGCUAAGUUGUCCUUGAAACUGAUGUCUGGGAAAGAGGAGGAACCCUGUAUUGGUUCAAGCAGCUUUCAUUUAGAGUGGCCAAGUGCAAACGCUGCACGGUGUUCUUUAUCAUCAGAAAGUAUGUCAGGGUCACACGGCCUGUAUCACGCUGAGGUUCACAGAGCAAUGUGUGUCCCCUCCUCUUCUGUGCUCUCUCUGGUUGACAUUGUCAUCGCCGAUCAAGGUUGUGUUUUCUCCAAGCACAGAGACUGAACACACAGGCAGGCCUCGCUAUUAUGCAACAGCAGUUGUGUGUCUUUUCCGCCAUUUGUACCACAGUAGGCUUGUUGCCCGUGAUGCUCUCCUGAUAGAGACUGCAGCGCCGCUCGCUCCGAACGCAGAUACUGCUGACUAAGCUGGUUCCCUAUAGGUAAACCUUAGUGUCACUUGCGGCCUGGUUCUGAUUAUUGCUUUGCAUUGUGAGUACGUGUCAAAAUAUUACGUCUGUCCACAGUAACACUAGCUUCUCCUGUCUCUCUGUGUGGAUGAUAUAGAUUCUUGGACAGGCCUCCUCUUUGGCAGCCAGCCUCAUCCCUGUCUGUUGAUUCACUGUUGGUGAAAUAAGAGAACAUAUGGCUUCCCUCUCUCUGCAUUACAUCACCUUGUGAUACAUGCAGAUUGGUUAGCCUUGAAAAUCCAGUUUAAAAAAAAAAAAGGUAUUUAAAAAGUUUGAUCUGAGCUAAAUUUGUAUGAAAAUUGGCAUCUCAGCUCUCAAAAUAAGUGGUUUAUGGUUAUCGUUUUCGUAACCCUUGCUUGAAUUAAAUUCGGUUGAGGUUGGUACUUUUUAACGCUCCGCUUGACCAAUGCACACGGCGCCACCAGAUGCACCAUGCUCUACAGUGUUAGUAUUGAUCCAUUUGAGAUAUCAGAUUAUACUCAGUUACUGCCGACUGCACACGUUCAGGUUCCUGUGAAGACUUCGCAUGUGGUUGCUUUCAACUAUUCACCAGUUUCCAUUAGCUUCCUGAUUUGGCUUUCCUCCCUGACUGCACUCUUGCUGCUCUUAAAUUGAUGGUGAUUUGGUUUAAUGCAUCUUUACAGCAUAUCAACCUCGUCCCGAUCUCUUCUUACCAAGGCCAAGAAUUGCUAAGUAGCACUUGGAAAUGAGGCCAAAAAAAUUGGCGCCAUUAAUAUCUACUUAAAACUACCAAAGAAACCAGAGCUCAGUCAUAAACAUUUAUUUUAAGUUCAUUAAUUUGUUGUUUCUACAAAUCUGGCUAUUUUAUUUAGCUCUAAAUAAAGAUAAUUACAAUACUUUUUAUCCUCUCUGACUCAUUUCUCACACCAAAAAGCAUUUUUUCAAAAGUGUACGCUCCAAUCUCUGAACAGUUUAUUAGUUUGUCGUUCACAUUAGAGGAGAAUUUCUCAUCAUUAAAGCAAAUUGCUUUGUUUCGGUAAAUGUGGGCAAAAGAAUAAGUCCAUUAUUCAACAAAUUUUGCACAAAAACACACCUGUUGAUUCUAAGUAAAACUGUCAAACUCCCCACAGCUUAUAAAUAUUCAGUUGUAUGAGCAUUACAUGAAAAAUUACCUAUUGAUUUAUUGGAAUAUAUGUGUUUUAAAUAUCAGUGACACAGAGUGAUCGCGAUACCUGCCUCAGUGAAUUGGUUAAAGACCUGCCAGGUCAAAGUGGUUUGUUAUAGGGCUGGGCGAUAUGGCCUCAAAUCAAUAUCACAAUUUAUUGAGCAGUUCACCUUGUUAAGAAUAAAUAGCCAAUAACUACUCCACAAGCUGCUCACCCCCUCCCACAUUAACUUUGUCUACUUAUGGUGCUGCUCCAGCCGCUACAACUUUUGAACCAUCCUCCAUCUCCUUACCUGUCUUUCCCUCUUUGUUAAGGACUGGAUGGGGUGGAGUCAUGACUUAGGACAGUGUCUUAAAGGGACAUGAGACCAUAGCCAACCUACACACAUCCAAAACCAACUUUUAUUUAUUUAUUUAUUUGACACUGAAUAUAUUGACAUGGGCAAAAUGACGUUGGUUAUUGUCAUAACUUUAGGUAUCGAUAUAUUUUCCGUUUAUCACCCAGCCCUAGUUUGUAAUCAUCAUAAAGAAAAAGCAGCUGUACGUUUUGACCAGUAUGGCUUAAACAAAGCUUUGAAAACUAAAUUUAAGUAUUUUGGGUGUAUGACUACCUGUAGGAAGCAUGUAGUACAGUUUUGAUAAACCUUUCUGAUAGCUGCAGCUCCAAAAAUGCACCCAAAUGUUUGAGGAAAAACUGCAACCUUGAACACUGACUUUGAGGCAGUUCCAUGUUAAAAAGCAUUGUCUGCCUUCUCUUCAGUCCGAAUUUCACUUAUCAGCUUCUUCGAAGGUCAUUAAGUGUUACCAAGUGUUUUCAUCAGCAGAUGGAGUUUUGUUGACUGAUGGAAGGGGUGGAUUUGUUGAUGUGCAGCUGUCUCAUCUAUGCGUAAUAGGUCAUUUCAUUCUCAGAAGUCAACAGUAUUUAUCAAUCAUUGCUAUUGUCUUGAUGUGGGAAUCAAAUGAAUACUAUGAAAUGUACUGUUUGAUCUGGGCUUGAAGAUGUAAUAUUUGAAUAAAUGUUGAGCUGCUACACCACUGGGGUUAAAUUUAUGACUUUAAGACAGUGAAGUACAGAGAUUUUUUGUUUUGUUUUGUUUUUUAAGGAAUAAUACUGUUAUUGGGCUGGGCGAUAAACCAAAAAUUUACUGAUACCGAAAUCUACGACAAUAACCAACGUCAUUUUGCCCAUAUUAGUUUACUCAGUGUGAAAUGAUACAUAUAUAAGCAUUGGUUUUUUGACUUUAAGACAGUGAAGUACAGAGGUAUUUUUAUUUUGUUUUGUUUUUUUUGAGGAAUAAUACUGUUACAUAGGGCUGGGUGAUAAACCGAAAAUUUACUGAUACUGAAAUUUACGACAAUAACCAACGUCAUUUUGCCCAUAUCGGUAUAUUCAGUGUCAUAAAAAAAAAAAAAAAAUAGCAUUGGUUUUAUGACUUUAAGACACUGAAGUACAGAGAUAUUUUUGUUUUGUUUUUUUAAGGAAUAAUACUGUUACAUAGGGCUGGGCGAUAAACCAAAAAUUUACUGAUACCGAAAUUUACAUCAAUAACCAACAUUUUGCCCAUAUCGAUGUACUCAGUGCCAAAAAAAUAAAUAAGCGUUUGUUUUGGAUGUGUGUAGGUAGGCUUUGGUCUCAUAUCCCUUUAAGACGCUGUCCUAUGUUGGAGAUGUGACUCCACCCCAUCCAGUCCGUAACAAAGAGGGAAAGACAGGUGAGAUGAUGGAGGAUGGUUCAAAAGUUGUAGUGGCUGGAGUGGCGGCUAAGUGGACAAAGUUAAUGUGGGAGGGGUUGAGCAGAUUGUGGAGUAGUUAUCAUCCAUUUAUCAUUAUCGAGGUGAACUGCAAAAUAUAUCGUGAUAUUGAUCUCAGGCCAUAUUGCCCAGCCCUACUGUUACACAUCAAGAAAAAUGCAGAAUUGCAAACAAAAUGUCCAACCAGUGUCAAAGUGGUGUGCUGUCAUUCAGAGAUGUUUUGAUUACUCAUUAAUUUAAUUAUUCAUAAAAUUAUUUUCCAUUGUUGUCAUGAUGAAAUAGUUGGUUAAAGCUUUGUGCAACAGAAACACUGCUCUGGUGACGCUUGUGUGUCUAAACUUAUGUCAUUGCUUUUUCAUGGAUUCAGCAUGUAGGAGCCAAAAUGUGAAGCUUAAAAUCCUUGAGAUCUAUAUAACUUCAUAUUUGUGGAUGCUUUUACAACUCACUGCGUCACUAGGAAGUGAGAAGUCCAGAAAUAUUGAUCCGCUUAGUCAUAGGAGGUGUUUGCUAUUGAUUCGGUUGUAGGUGUAGCCUUUUAAUAGUAUCCCUUUGUCAUCGUGAUAGGGAUGACUGUAGGCAAACAGUGUCAGUUUCAGGCUGCAGCCUUACCGAAACCUACAUUCACCCUGACGCCACAAACCCUCGCAGACACAGCUUUACUUAGAUGUGGGGACAAAUAUAGCAGGUGGCGGCACGCUUUUUCCUAUAUUUAGCAUUUCCUCUAUUUUCAACUUGUUUUCUCUUGUCUUGCACAAUGAGACCCAUUGUAUGGUUCUUUGUGCAACUUUCCUUGUGCCUGAUUUAGUUUGUUGUCGCUCUUAAUAGAGCACAUGCUUCCCUCAGUUUUCUGUAAAUGAAUAUGUCAGUGAGUCUGUGUCUGUAAUUAUGAAUAGAAAACCUGUUUAUUUAUAGGGUGAUUAUCCCCGCUUUACCUUCUGGAUGUAUGUUAAGUUCAGCUAAGUUUACACUGCAGAGAAGGAAACUCCUUUUUUUCCACUCUCCAGUGAUCACAACAAAUGAUGUAAAAUAUCAUUUAUACAUUGACUUUUAUUUUUUUAUUUUUCAACCAUCAUCCUGCACUGCUGACCAAAGAAGUGCAGAAACACCAACCAGUAUCUGGCAGCGUCCAGGGCAGUGUAAGCAGGGUUUUUCCUGGCUCAGUAUUGGUCUUUGGUGGUGGACCACCCGUGCAGAUCAGUAUGCGGAGCAUGAUUGACUAAAACUAUCAAAGUACCGCUUAUGCUUUGGUGGCCCAUGGUUAACAUCUGUUCACUUCGAAUAACUAUAGAUUUGACAUUUAUCUGAAAAUCGUUCACAAUCACAUUUUAAACACCCAAUCUCAUCUGAUCUUACUGUUUUCUGUCAGAAUUUCAAUGGCGGAUAAUUAUGGUACAGCUUCCAGAAGUUGCAUCAAACUGAUAUAGUGCCUGUUUGGUUUAUUCUUUAGUGUCCAGCUGUGAUUUUAGAUAUACAUUGUUUGCAGGGUAUAAGGUAAUCUGGUGCAUGUCUCAUUUCAAAGUCUGAAAUUCAACAGAAAAAGAGCAAUGCCAAAUAUUACAGUAGAUAAAAUUUUGUAUGCAUUAAAAAGAGUUAAAAGAAAAUUUAUUUAUGUUAUGUUUAAAACACUGGGUCUUGUAUUUGCACUAGCAGGUUAUGCAAUCUAAGAAGAUAAAGAGAUUUAAAAAAAAACUUCAAAUAAAACUGUAAGUAAUAAAUGAAAGUACAAGGAGAAAAGAUGCGAUAUGGCCUUAAAUCAAUAUCACAAUAUAUUGAGCAGUUCACCUUGAUAAUGAUGAAUGGACGAUAACUACUCCACAAGCUGCUCACCCCCUCCCAUAUUAUAUUACCUUUGUCUACUUCAGCCGCCGCUCCAGUCGCUACAACUUUUGAACUGUCCUCCAUCUCUUCACUCCGACGUAGAACAGCACAUCCAAAACCAACUUUUAUUUAUUUAUAUUUAUGACACCGAAUAUAUUGAUAUGGGCAAAAUGACAUCGGUAAUUGUCAAAACCGAGAGUUACCGCAGGUACAUAGUAAAAGGAGCAUUGCUACUCGCUGUCCCAUACUCAGACCUCCAGCUGGCAUUGUGGAGUUUUACAGCCCAGUGCAAAGUGGCUGGGAUGAGGGUCAGCACCCUUAAGUCCAACAACAUGGACUCUGCUCUUGAAACUAGCUUCUGAGAGCCGUUUGGGAGCAGAGGAGGUCGGUUCUUGCAGAGCUAAAUGAUCUGAAUCGCUAAAAAGAGCAAAAUUAACACUGAAGUUGCUUGGGCCAGCCCAAACUCAUAGUUCAAUCAUAAGAGAAAGUCUUCAGCCUGCUCUUUCAACUCUUGACUGGUCGAUUCCAAAAUGGUUCCAAAUGAAAGUAGCCAGAAUAAUUUAAAGCUCUAAUUCUCAUACGAACUUUGCACGCUUUCAAUUCAAUCCCUUUCUUUGACCCAGAAAAAGUUUUGCUGUCCACUCAUGAAAUAUAAAUUUGGGAGUCUCCCGGUGAGAGGCUCUGGUCACAGUGCUGUGGUGUAAAGCUAAAAUUCUAAUUUUUACACCUUGAGUACACAUGUGGGCGUCUUUGGUCCAUAAAGGCACAUUUGUACAUACAUGGAAUAAGUAUGUUUUUGGAACAUUUGGUAGCGGGGUUUUAAACUGCACCACCCACCACAGCUGGGAUCUGCACAACAUCUGUCAACAUGGUCUUCUGUUUGGAAGGCAGUUCAUUCAGCAAGUGGAGUCUUUUUUCACGCAGACACUUAACUUCUUAGAUUUUUAUUUCUCUUUGCUCUCCAUCGUGUUGGUCAAACUGCUGUUUUUGUGGCCGUGAGGGCAGGUUGAGGUUGAGAGGCGCAUGUGUUUGCUGGUUGUCUGGAGGGAGGCAAGGGGACCUGUGGUUAUGAUUCUGUGUUAGUAUUUUGGCUGGAUUUACACAUGUAGACACACAGAACGGCAGAAAGGUAGCCUUGAAGAUCCAGACACACUACUUUUUUAUCACCAGGUACACACACUGAACAUAAAAGAGGCCCUCUUUAUGUUUUCUAAACCUGCAGUAAGCACUUUUAUAGCAGCAUUACACAUCAAACACGCUGGAGCAAAAUUUCGCGUUUAUCAGGACCACCCAGACUGCAGGGGGCAGCAGCAGUGACACAUUCUUCUGUAUUUGGUGCCUUAAAGACCAUAUGUGAAGGAGGAUCCUUUGACAGGUGGAACCUCCUCUCUGGCGCCACAGGAUGGAGUCAGUGACACCUCGGCACAAACUAACCCGAGGAUAAAGCCCCCAUUGGCAAUCAUAGGAAGCUGCGUUUUGAUUGGCUAGAUCACUAUGGCAACUUCAUCUACACACCUAACUUGCUCUGGGUUAGUUUCCUCAAAGAUUGGAAUUUAAAAUUACUUCCCAUGUAGCUAUGACUCCUUUUUUCCCCUCUUUGUGAUGUUCCACAGAUCUAGCUUAACAUUUCUACAUUCUCAUUUAGAGAGUAAGUCCUUAUGAGUCCUAAAUCUGCCAAAUGGUCGCUCCAUUGAUGUCUACUCUAUGUCUAUUUGACUUUGUUAAAACCUUUGUCUCAUCAUGUGUUGUAUCUGCUAACAUUCAGAGUCCAUGUCCCUAACUUUCCCCAAAUCAGCAGCUUUGUUAUGAAAGAGUGCCAGUGUUGUUCCCAAAGAGCUUUUAUAAACAGAGUGAUCCCAUUUUUUUCUUGUUGUUUCAUAAAAGCACAGCAGCUUAAACAAGGUAGAGCAGCUUAAAACUAGUACCACGCAUGAUACAUAUUUUCUAGAGCUGCAGCUAUCGAAUAUUUUAGUAAUCGAGUAUUCGACCGAAUAUUCCAUCGAUUACUCGAGUAAUUGGACCCAAACGGCAGACUCACAUAAAGUUAGAUUUCCUAUAGCCCCGCAAUAAAGGCCAGACUCGGAGAAAUAGAGGACAAUUGCGAAACAAGCGUGUGCGUUAGCGGAUUGCAAUGCUCGUAAGAAAGCUAAAUAUAAUAUUAAUUUUCAUCAUGCCCCUAAGGGAAUUGGUGUCCGAGUGUUGAAUAGCUCCUAUGUUACCUGCUUCUGCUACGACACCAGCAAUGUUAGGCUACAAGCUAGCGUGAAGAGAAGUGUGCAGAGCAGCGCUGUCUCUGCUAACAACUCCCAGGCUAAGUGCUAAUGAGCUACUGGAGCUCUGCACAAGAAACAGUGCCGCCAGCUCCGCAGUAAGGAAAGUCGCUAGUGGCUGUUGUAAAAGUAGCUAGAAGUCGCUAGAUGAUGUUAUCGCCUAAUUUGCAUAAUUUCUCAGUCAAACUCACUACGCAAUAAUUCGCCAGGGGGGUCCGAAAAGUCGUUCAAGUUGCUAGUUUGGCAACACUGCAAGAAAAGCCCGUCUCAUCAUUUAUUUUCUCCGCCCCCGCAAAACCUAAACAGCACUUAUUCCUCCUUCUGCCGUGGUGACAUAAGCACUUUGUGUCACCUUCAAAAGAAUCUGUGCGAAACAGUGACGAUUUGAGCUUAUAAACGAGUACUCGAGGCAGAGAAAAUUCCUCGAUCAUAUUUGUAAUCAAGGUACUCGAGGUAUUCGAGGAAUCGUUUCAGCCCUAAUAUUUUCCCUUAAAUGGGUAGGAUUAAAACAGCAUCUUAUCGCAAUUCGCUUUGGUUGACCCAGCAAUCAACUCAAAGUGAUGACGUCGUAUGAUCCAGCAGAGGAUGGUCUCAUCGUGACCUUGAAUCAAUGCACUCUUGACCUCAGUAUAUUAAUGUGCGGAUGUUAUUCUACACUAUCGGAAUACACCGUCAUAAAAGACAAAGCCAGGGCUGUGUAUCACUUUUGUACGACGCAGUUGUCAUACUCGUCAACAACAACAAUUUUUUUUGCUGGUAGGAGCAGUGGAGGAGGCACCACCAAUGAGACGUGAGACCGCAGUUGUUCAAAAACCCUGAAUUAUGACCUUUUUUAUGGCCAGUCCCUUGCCAAAGGCCAUCACUACCAUGACUGCAAAAUUCAGUUGUUUGAUAUUCAAACAAAGCUGACUUUUUGAAAAACUGACAAAAAUCUUGUCUAGAUGAUGUAAAUUGGAGCAUUUUUUUUUCCAAGUCUCAAGUUGAAUUAUCGGGCAUCGGCACAGGAAAAUGCAAACUCUUAGAGGAACAGUGAAUUAUCUUCUGAUAAAGACUGUAGUACCUAACAGAGCCGUUUUAAACAGGUUUCAAGCCGAGAGUAAGGGCACAGGAUCGUCUUCAUUGCUGCUGUUUUUUAUCUCCUGGUUCAAACCUUAUGUGCUCCAUUAUAAAUAAGAGGUCUGUAAAAUGAAAUGGUGCUUCCAUUGUACAAACCAAGGACAACAACCUUCAAGUGUUAGUUCCAGAGCUUUCCUUACAGUAGCCAUCAAGAAUAAGCCAUCAAGCUGUGAGUGUUAGUGUUUUUCCAUGCAGCUAGAAGCUUUAACAGCCUGAUUUGCCCUCAGACCUUUCCUUGAACCCUCUGUUGGGCUAAAGGUUAUUUGUCCAACCUCAUCCCUCGAAAAUAUGUUCUGAUGAAGAUCAGUGUUUUGAUGUUACAUGAUUGAUGAGAAGGCUGUUACAAAAUAAAAACACAAGGCUUUACUGCAAAGAGCUUGACCUGUUUUAAGCAUUGACAUCCUUGAAUACUGAUGUUUAUGCGCACAAAUGCUUUUGUCAUGUUUCAAAUUGAAAGUUGUUUCCAAAAUGGACAGUAAUCGCUGUUGUAAAUAAAAGGGUAAAGUAGCUUUUACUGUUGGUGAUUACUAUACAAUAAGUCUGAUCGGGACAAUACAGGCACAAAAAUUCAAUUUCAGAAAAGCUUUUUUGUGUGUGCUGUUAUUCACUUUCUAAAACCAGACAUAUUCACCCUCUACAUCUGCAUCUUUAAAAUAGCCCAUCAUUUCUAUUCAGCCCUGCUCAAUGUAAAUGUUUUGUGUAGCUCGAGGUACAAAGUAAAAUCACAGCAGAGGAUGGUAUUGACAGACAUUAUCUUUUUGUUUCCAGCCCUUCGUCGCCCUACAUUCCUAACAAAGAGAAAUAUCCGUGUUGAUAGGAGUGUGUUUGGUAGCAUGAUGUUCACACUGUGACAAGGCCAUCCAGACAAAUCCCAGCUGCACAGAGGCACACCUCCCCUGUGAAAGAGCUUAACACUGGCAGCUCUGUCACCUCCAAAAAGGCUGACAAGUGGAGUAAGACCGAUUUACUGAGCCAAUAUUAGCCUACAUGUCACUCUAAAAUAAUAUAACAACAAACCAAAAUGUGUUGAAAGCUAAAACCAUCGUUAUUUUCAGCACUUUUAUGCCUCAAUAAACAGUAAUUUGUUAUAAAUGUCAGGGAAGCGAAAGUAAGAAUCGCAUAAUAACUUAAGUGUCUUCUAUCUCACCGCGUUAAAGAUAAUAUUUAAUGUCAUACACACUCAGCUGGGAAUGUUGCAAGAACUGUGAUCAAUUGAUCACAUUUGAUUUAAAAAGCACACUCGGGCCUCAUUCAUGAACUGUUUUGAAGAAGGAACUCAUGCGUAAAACCCACUUUAGCAAUUUUUAGGAAGAUCAGGUAGUAAUAUCACUGUAGAGCACUGUUGCUCACAUUGCGCUGACAUGCAGCUGAAAAAUUGUGGUUGUAUCUUUAAUGUAGCGUCUUAGUUUGAUUAAAAGACAGCUUGUUACUAGGGGUGGGAGAAAAAAAUCGAUACAGCAUGGUAUCGUGAUAUUUUGUCUGGUGAUAUAUCGUAUCGUCUCAUUUGCCAAAUAUCCAUUUUUCAAAUUAAUUGCUAAUAUGAAGUUAAAUCUAUGAAAAUCAAAAAAUAGAAUCAAUAGUUUGUCCAGUGAGAUUGGCAGAGGUGACAUCAUAGAGCAGGAGAAAGUUAGAACGACAAAUAAAUAUAAGGUUUGCAAUAGGGGUGGGAGAAAAAAUCGAUUCACAUAAGUAAUCGCGAUUUUCUGUUUUACAAUUUUUAAAUUGAUUUUUAUGUUCAAAAUUCGUUUUUUUUCUAAAUUUAAUAAUAAAUCUAAAAAACUGACUUACCUGUGAUGUGUAUUCUUUAAGGAAAUAUGGUUCCUGGAAUAGUCAGUAGUACUGGUGUUAAAAAUGCAGACUGAAAAUAGAGAAAAUCGCUGCUAUCGUAGAACUGCAAUUUAAAUCAAAUCGGCAUCCAAAACAUCGUAGAAGAAUCGAAUUGGGAGAAAAGCAUAUUGUCCCAACCCUAGUUUGCAAGAUGCGUUACAUGAAAAUAAAAUACAGCGUAAAUAAGACAAACAUAAAGGAAAGACCAAUGCUGAAUUAGCUAAACAGUUGAAAAAAUUGUAUGAAUCGCAAUAUAUUGUAUUGCAAUACAAUGUUAAAAAUCGCAACAAUAUCGUAUCGUGGCCCACGGAUCGUGAUAAUAUCAUAUUGUGGGGUGACUAGUGAUUCCCACCCCUGCUUGUUACCUCUUAUUAAAGUGGAACCACCUCCCUCCUCAUGCUCACUCUGUACCUUUACUUUACUAACACACACACACACUCACACUCACACACACUUGCCUCCUUACUUGGCAGUGCAACAAAGCUCUCUUCUUUCCACCUGUGGCUGCAAUAUGGCAAAAUAUGCCAACAUUAGCCCUCCCCGUUUCUUACGUUUUGUGACAGCUACAACAUCUAUGCACAUCUAGACUUUUGAACCGUCCUCCAUCUCCUCACCUGUCUUUCCCUCUUUGUUACAAACUGGAUGUGGUGGAGUCAUGACUCCGAUGUAGGACAGCGUCUUAAAGGGACAUGAGACCAUAGCCUACCUAGACACAUCCAAAACCAACUUUUAUUUAUUUUUUGACACUGCGUAUUGACAUGGACAAAAUGAUGGCCUCAAAUCAAUAUCACAAUACUUGAAAUCAGUGCUCCUUCAAUGCUCUUUAAAAGAUUUGUGAUAUCCAAUGUGAGUUCAAGCUGAGCCACCACCAACUUCUUUGCAGAUGUGCUGUUUUUUUGGUUUGUUUCGUUUCAUUCACAAAGUUUCUUCUUGAUCUUAAUGAGUCAUCACUGACAAUCUGUUGGACAGUGGGUGCACAGGAAUGUCGGGGGUGUUUGAAAAAGCAACCAGACGAUGUAGGAAGAUGUAUGUGGCUUUAUCGGUCGCUUUUCAUGGCAUGCACUCCUUUGAGUUUGAAUCCUGCCUCAAAACAUUUGGGGAGUAACUCUCAUGACUGAUGUGCUUUGCAGGUUCAUUGACAGGGAAAUGCACAUCAGUUGAAGUCCAGAAAUCUGAAUUUCAGAUCUGGCUUUUACAAACAUUUUUUUCAAAUUUGGAGCCUAAUCACAAGGGGACUCUGUUGUGCCGGCUGCAGGAUGGACUCCCUGGGCUCACUUCCAUACCCCACUUAACUUCCUCUUUUCACGCCCAGCCAGAUGAGCGGCUGACCGCCUGACUUUAGCCCACCGGCUGGUAUUCCCUCAGUGCUUCACAUGUCGGCAUGCUGCUGAAAAGCCAGUUGGCCGAGGGGGGAAAAACCCAUGGCAUAAAAAGAGCUUGUGAGUGUGAUGUCAGAGCUGCCUGGACUCGUUUCAGCAGGACCCCUGGCAGGAGCGCGAACGCUGCGCCGUGGUGUGUGGACAUACUCCAGAGCUGCUCUGAAAAACUGGAUCCUUGUGCCAUUUUUUCCCCCCAUGUGGGUCUUUAUAUGUUUCCAAAAUGUCCAGGGUUUUCUCAGCAAUACUCCUCCACCUAUGCUGGAAAAAUGAGAUCUGAAUGGGUAAAUUGUCUUUAAGAAAUAUGAAGUAACCUCCCUCCACCCGCCUCUUCCCUCCCAAAUUAAAACACCGACCGCUCCCCCCCUGCCCCUCUUCCUCUCACUGCUUUGCCAGCUGUGCAGCCCUCGACCGCUGCCAAAAGAAACACAGGCUUACGUCAACUUCCAAAUAAGGACCUGCUACUUCACUUUGACCUGAGAGAAAGACACUAAAAGAGGGUGGAGGGGGUUUGAAAGAGGUGGAGAUAGACAGAGAAAGAGAGAGAGAGAGAGAGAGAGUGUCCCCUCCUCCUCAUUCAUACGCAUAAUAUACUCAGCUACCUGUUUGUCAGCCCAGUGCACGUAGAGCAGAGACACGAUUACCCCUCUCUCGUCUCCGUCACUCUCAUUCAUCCUUUUCGCUCUCUCUCCCUCUCUCUCUCUCUCUCUCCUUCCCUUCAUCUCUCUCUCUCUGCUUCUCUCUCCGCUCUCCCCCGCUUCCAGUCAUUCACAAUCGGAGGACGGCACCACCUGCUACCAGGUAAAAAAGAGCCAUUGAUAUUUUUUUUCCUUUUGUCGUGCAGUGAUUUUGACAUGUGUGAGCCGGUGUGAAUGACGUGAUGUGUUGUGAGGACGGGGGGGGGUUUCUCCAUUCAGCUCUUUGUUAUUGAAAAAAGCUAACUGCAUGAAUGAGGAGAGUGGUGAGUGUUGGAAAAAACAACUAUAAUCAUUUAUGAAAUCUUGAGCGAAGUGAUUUUUCAGGAAAAGUAUUUUUGCUGUUUUUAAACAUAUGCAGACAGUGCAGCCUCUGCAGUGUGAGGGUGUUUGUGUGUCUGUGUGUGUGAAUGAGGAGUGCAUAUAGUGAGAGAGGUUCGUGGGCAGUGUUAAAGCAGCUCACAGCUCAGACUGGGAGUGAAUGAGCUCCCUGUGUUGUGCAUCCAGCCUCCUAUGCUUGGCAUGUCCUCCUGUGGACUGACAGGGGAGCACUCCCGAGGAGCAAACACACACACACUCGCACACUUACACACACACACACAUAUAAACACAGAUAGAGAACUGGCUGUGUAUGCACUCACUCCCAGAGGGCUCUCCUCCUCUCCUCUCCUUCGUCUCCCUGGAGAGCGCCGCUCUCAGGCUGCUGAUGAAGCUGCGCUGUCUGACUUGACAGCGUUGCUAACCCUCAGCUGACAUUGUGUUGGAGACCCACAACAGAUAAGAGUGUGUGAUGCUGCUAGUCCACCAGAUGAAGCUGUGGAAGAAAUAAGUCAGGACUGAAACCCUCUUUUUGUUUGUGUUUUAUCCAGUCAAAGUCUUUCUGUUUUCUCAAUUUCCCAGUCUUGUUUGUCGAGCCUUUUCAAGCAUUUUUAGACAGAAAGGACAGCGGACAGAGUUGGAAACACACUAGAAAGAGAGAGUGAGAGAGAGUGAGAGUGACAUAGUGUGAAGGCUGAGGGUGGCAGUUGAACCCCAGGCUGCCACCUCAAGGGCUGCUGCUUCUACACACGGGAUAUUAGAUGUAAUACCCAACAGUGCACUGUAACAAAGUACAUUUACUUGAGUAUUCUGCUUUAGUUCCUUUUUUUGAGAAAACUUGAAUAUUAUUUUUUACUGUGACAUGUCAAGACAAAUCUUGUACUUUUACAUCCACUAAAUCUCUACAAAUGUUCCUCUUACACAGUAUUUCUGGAACUGAUGUCAGCUGAUAAAUUUUCUUUUCUUUUCUAAAAUCCAAAUCAUGAGUCGAUAAACUGUAGUUCUGCAUGUAAUUUGUCAGACCAGGUCCAUACAGAUAUUUUUGAAAGCCGUCUUGAGCAAGCUGCAAUCGUAAACAACGUCGAGAUCUAUUGAGUAUGACAUUAAUUGCAGUGUAUUGAUGAAGUCAAGCUAAGUUAAGUCUCUAUUUCUGCUGUCUCCAUGAAAACAGAAAAAACUUAAUAUAGAAUUAUGACCAAGUCCUCUCAAAAGUCAUCAUAUGUCUGUACACAGCCCAGGUAGUACUGCUGUACCUCUAUGUUAAGUGACUGAACAUAGAACAACACUGGGCAGAUGUCACUCAGAUCAGGCAGGUCGUGGAGAUGAGGCAAUGAUGGCUACAGCAUAGAAGGAUGACAAUAUCCAGCACUCAUGACCGUCAUUGAUAUUCCUGAAAUAAAGAAUGAUUUGAUUUUAAAAAUUUGCACAUAUUUCAUCGCAUCAGAAAAAAAACAAAACACUGUGCAACCCAAAAAAGUAUGUCAAGGUUUGUUACUGAACAUUUGUUUUAUUCCAGUUUAAAUGGUUUUGAACAGAUUUAUCGGUUGCGAGUUGCCAUUUCUUUUUGAUAGCUGGUUGCGUCUGUUAUUCUUCUUAUUAUAUUUAGAGAUCCAAUCCUGGAAGUAAUAAAGUGUAAAUGGGUUUCUAAGCUUCACCACAAGUAACUAAGUUUUUGUCGACCACUGCCCAAUCACAGACUUCUGCUAGCUUUGAAUGGAAACAGACUUUAGCAAUCAUUCAUUUGCUUUCUUAAACCCAUGACAAACAGACCUUCAUCAGACAGAUCCAGGACAUCUUUUUUAGUUAAACCCACUGAACUAUAAUUUUAACAUUUCAUCCAAUCUUUUACGCAACCUUGUGCAUUCCAGACGCCAUGACAUGCCAUUACAUAAGGUGUAAAAUGGGGUGACACCGCACAAAGGCAGGGGGGGCGGCUGCUAUUGUGCGCAUAAUCCUGUUUAAAUUGAUCUAAAAUAAAAAUAUGGUGGCUCAAUCACGACUCAGAGAACUUACAUAACAUUUUAGCUGAGGUUGUCUGGAUUUGGGGGGUAGCUAGCAAGCAUUUGAGGAUACUUCAGGAAAUGAGUUCACUACAGGAGACCAAUGAGGACAUGUGUUACAGAUGAUACGAGUAAACCAUGUUUUAAAUUUGCACAUAAAAGUAAACUUGUUCAGAACUGACAAAUCUAAUAUUUAUGUUCACACCUUUAGAUUAUUUUUGUAUCAAUAUUCUGUGCUUGUUUUUUUUUUUUUGGGCAAAAUCUGAUUGAUCAAAAGAUGCUCAGGUUUUACAUUGUUUGACUAUGACACACUAGCAGUGCUUUUAUCAAUGACGAUGGAGUAUGAAAUUACAUAACGCUUAAGCUUAGGUUUUACAGAUUGUCAGGAUAUGAUGCACAACAAAAUAACCCUGGAAAUGACAUCACAACAACCACAAAUAACAAUUUAAGGCCUUAAAAGUCCUUAUCUAAUGUAGAGAUUUAACAGUAAUACUUCUACUCACAAACUUGCUGCGUGUACCUUUGAGAAAACUGCACCUUUUUUUCAGGAGUGUUUUCCUGUUGGGUCAGUCUUUAAAGGAAAUAGGACGUGAAUGUUUAAAACUGUUUCUGUGGUUGAGCUGUUGAGAACAAUGUGGUUUAGUUUUAUAUAGAAGCCGGUUUUGUGUCUUUUCGUCACCCCCGUGUUCAGUUUGCGGUCCUUCUUUUUGGUUUCUCCUGAAAAGAAUCUGGGAGUAAAAGUGUAGUACGGAUACAAGACUCCCAAAGUAUUGAUUUUCCUUUGAGAUGUGUACCGAUCUCUCCUUAAAAAAGCCUCAGUUUCUAGGAGGGAGGCACCUUCGCCUGCCUCGCUCUCUCCUUCUCUCUGUAGUCAGUGAGGAUGCUGGAAGAUAAAUUUAGCCCUCCAGCUCUCCUUCCAUCUGCUACCACAUGGUUUAGGGCCGUUACCAUAGGAACCACCGCUGGGUGCCCAUUAGUGUGAGAAGAGGAAAUUGACAAGAUUUUUAAAAAGCCAUUUAUACAAUAUUCUCUGUCUGUGCCGAGUCUGAAUGGACGCAGCAUUUCACAAAUUUAUAUAAGAGAGUUUUUUUGUGUACCUGGGGUGAUGUGUUCCAGUACCUUCAGAUUUGAGCACACUCUGCAGAGAGUAACUACGACUGUGUGCCCACACUGCAAAUAUAUAACCUGCAACGAUUACGUUACAUAAUUAUUGGCUUGGGUUUAUGGCAGACAGACACAUGGAGAGCCCAGAUGUGAUAAGAGACACGAGGUUUAGUAUUAUUUUAAACCUAGAGCUUCACUAUUAUUAAAAAGUGCACUUUAACUCUCCCAAAGCAUUUUGUGGAACAAAAUCAUGAAAAGAAUAAUAUUUAACAGCCUGAUCAGCAUAUACAUUUGUCAAAAUUUCCAUGGGGCAUCAGAAUAUGUUGGAUUUCCAGAAAAAGAGGUGUUGUGAUCUCUUUUUUUCAUGAAAUCCAAAAACAGUGUAAGAAAUGAUGUCAUUGUGUAGCACGUAGAUGGAGAGAGCAUUUUUUUUUAUCAAUGGGGGGAAUCCCCCACCCCACAAAUUCUUCCCAUAGGGGGAUUUAUAAAUGCUGAAGGUGGAAAUGAGGUUAUUUCCAUGCUUUAACAUGCUGUGAUGAGUUUUUAGCAGGUUGUGAAACAGACUCAAAUCAAUGCAAACACAUGUAAGCUGAAGCACCUAACAGCAUCGGGUCAUUGAAUUUUUCUCAGGAUAUCUGGGACUGCUCCCUUCUUUCUCUUUUGCUAACUACUGUCAGAUAUUCUGUAAGUUAUAGCAUUUUAGUGUCAAUUCUGAUACUUGUGUAUUCAUCUUAUUUCUGUUUCUAAAGUUCAAUUGAGAUUACUGGUAUCACUGUUAUAAUGAUAGUAUUUAUUGGAUACUUAGGUAACUAAGGUACUUCAUCAGUUACUAAGGUAACUGAUGAAUUAAAUGUCUUAUCCUGAUGAAAAUUAGAUUUUUUUUAUUUUAAUCAAAAGCAUCUUUAUUAGCAAACUGUGUGUUUAUGAGGUGAUGAACAGCUAACACUGGCUCAUUUAAGCAACAAAAAACUCCCUCCCACUGAGCUUUUUGGUCUAAAAGAGGUCUAAUAGAUUUCUAAAUGUAGCCUAGACGACAGGUCUAAAGUCAGGCUACCACAGGUCUAAAAAUGAAAGUUUUAGAUUUUUAGAUUUAGACCAAGUCUAAAUCGAGGCUAUAUCUAUACUACACUGUAUAUUGCUCAACAGUUAUCAUAAUUAUUUUGGUUAAGUACUUGGAGAUCAGUUAUGCAACUCACAGUUGCUUUUUGAAAUAAAUAGUUAUCGAAUAAUGGGUUAAAAUGCAACGUCUAAAUUCCAUUAAAAAAAAUACAGAAUCUAGACAGUUGAAAUUAGGUCUAAAAAAAACUAGAAAUCUAACUAAAAGUCUAAUAACCGUCUAUUGCUCAGUGGGCUGUGUUGUUAGAAUUAAAAACUAAUCACUUUCCAACAAACAGCUAGCCUUCAAUAAUCCACAGCAGUUGACAACAACGGGCUACAGUCACAGUUCAGUUGACAACAACGGGCUACAGUCACAGUUCAGUUUGGCUAACAUUAGCAAUCCCUCACAAAUUAGCUGAGAACAGUCACUGAGCAGCUAAAAGGGACGAGUGAUGGACAGAGAGUGAACUCCGAUUAUAAAACGAGUGGAAGCUAAUGAGACAUUUUAAUCAUAGAAUGCAAAGUUUGUUCAAAGAGGUCCAUUGACAGACAGUCACCUCUAUUUACAGAACACUUGUGCAAUGAACUGAAGUGAGACAUGAAACAUUAUACGUCAUACUAGGUCACUGUAAAAAUUUAUAGGCUAUUAUGUGUGCGGGAUUUUCUUAAUUAUGAGUGCAGGACUGCAGAAAAUCAUUAUUUUGUGCAUGAUUCCUACAAUCCUGUGAUUUUUUUAUCAUUACUAUUUUAUAUUAAUAUUCAUUUAGCAAUAUUUUAUGAUCAUUAUGGCAGACCUGAUAGGAUUUUUCUGUUUCUAAAUAAGAGCUGCUUAUCAGUGUAAAGAAAACAUCUGGAGCUGUUUAUAUUAGAAGUGCCCUGCAACUGUUCAACUUGAGAACCGCUGAGGUUAAAACCCCACAGCAGAGGGGAAAACAAGAUCCCUGCAGAGAAAGGGUUAAGAAAAAAAUCCUGCAUUUGCUAUUAGAGGUUCAUUUACACCCCUCAUGGUGCAAAUGAACAGUCCUUAGUUAACUCGGGGAUAAGUGCGAGUCUUGCAAGUGUAAAUGAACAGAUGCCGUACAAAAUCUUAAAAACGUCACAUGGUUUUAGGAGGCUAGUGUUGUACUAAUAGCGCCGUGUCUGACAUCUCACUUCAGACACCCUCACCCCCAGGCGGACUGUAAUGUUUUUGUGAUGUCUCGCAGUCUGAGCCGUUAGAUACAAUUUUAGGAUUUGCAUAGACAACUGUUCUCGUAGUCACACCACUAGACAGUGAGACCUAUGGCAUGUUAGUGAUUUCCUCUUAAGUACAUUGAAUGCAAUAAAACUAUAUGUCAUGACUUUAUUUUGUUAUAAAACAAAGUUAAAUGGGUCCAGUUUUCGUUUGCCACAUAAACUCUUCCGACAAGUUUAACCGAAGACAGUUAUCAACCUGUUCUCAGUAAUUUGGACCAAAUCCAACAGCUCUGCCGUCUUCCACCAGUAUGUGGGUGUAGAAACCAGCUGGUCAGUACGUGGGCAAUGUUGUUUACUGUUUCAGUAUGCUGGCACAAAAAAAUCACUGGGAGUUUUCUUCAGUAUCAUUGAGUCACCUUGUGUGUGUGUUCCCAUUGCCAACAGUCACCCCUUGCAAGUUAUUUGGCCAGACCUUUUUAACCAUUUGAUGAAAAAAAGAAACAGUUAUGAAACAUACAAAUAUUCAGAUGUGCAUAAAUGUGACGGAUACUGUCGCAAGUCUCAACUGCUUGAGUCUGGGUUACCGGGGUAAAAAUCAGAGCAGAGACCCCAUCCCCUGAGUCUCAGUCAAAGUUGAAUCCUCAUUUUUAGCAUCAUUAUCAAUUACUAAUAUUAUUUAUAUUAUUUAUUAUAAAUCAUUGAUAAACUUUGUGUGAGGCAGAAGCUCAGUUUAAUUUCCAACUGAGAUUCUGCUCAAUUCUGUCAGCGUAUCUGGAGAUAUUAAAUUAUCAAUGAAGUUACAACACCAUGUGUUUGGCAUUAGCUGUUCACUGCAACCCUCCUAACAGAGAGACGGAUUCACUGAUUUUGCUGCAGUAAGAUCACCGUAAACUCAACAAUACCUGCUAUUUGUGUGAAUUCUAUCUAACCAAACAUCUGGAUCUGGUGGUUGAGUCCAGUUAGAGGUUAACAUCAAUGCUAAGUAUACAAAUGGUAGUGUAACAUAAUUGGAAGUCUAUGUAGGCACUUAAAAGCAUCUCAUCUUGGUAGCACUGCUUUGGGGGUAAUGCAAGAAAUUGAAUAAGUUAUUUUGUUAAUAAAAAGUUAAUGUAAUCCCAUCCAUCUCCUGAGUCCUUCUGAAUGCGGAGUGAAGUCAUGAGUCCUAAAAAUCAGGAACUGAGUUGGACUUGAGUCUAAGUUCUGAUCCUACUACUACUACAAAUAGGGAUGCUCUGAAGAGGCUAGUUGCAUAGUUGCCCAAAUAAUUUCUUGCCAACUAAUCCAAUGAUAAGAAAACACUCAACUGGGAAAAAAUAGUUGUAUCAAACAGCAGAGUUUUCGUUACAGGCUAACAUCCAAAUACCUUUGCGUAUCACAUAUUGUUCUGGUCAAGUUCACCAGACAUAGCCAACAUAGAACUUGGGCUCUAACCAAGAAAUGGGCUCUAACUUUGUGCUAACAAAGAAAAUAGUCCAAUAAAAUUAACAAAUAAAUCUAUAGUUCGACUUACAAUAACUAGGCGUGUAAAGAAACUGACUCUCAGGUUUGCAUGCCACUGUCCCUCAUGUAAUCCAAGUGUAACUUAAUUCUGCAGCAAAACUUCACCUCAGGUGAUUCAAAAUCAGACCCAAAAAAGACCAAAAUGCAUCAUUUUAUUCGUAAUUCUUUACUAAAUUCAUAUCCCACACUCAUAUCUCAUGUUCCUCAGUGAAGUCUGUCUUUUUUUAAGAUUUCUAUUGAGUCCUUCUUGCUGCAGAAAGAUCCUUGUCAUUUUAAGAGAGUGGGUGGGAUAUGUACUGCUGUCCAGCAGAGAGAAACUGUGGUUCACAGAUUUGUAAGAAGUAAUGCAUGGUUGAUUAGAAGUGUUUGUGGAGCACAGCAAAUUCAAGUUAUGCUGUUACGAGAGUGUUCCUGUCACAGUCAUUGGACAAAUUUCCUCUCUCUUUCUCUCUCUCUUUUUUCUCUCUCUCCUUCUCUAGGAAGGUUAACGGAAUCAUCAUUUUUACCGGCUGCUUGCUGAUAUAUUUUUGUACAGAAAUAUUACAUAAACCAUUCUUCUUUAAAGCAUUCGGCAGCCAGAGGGAAGCAAAGCUGAAUGUUAUGACACAUACAGGGAUUAUGUAACACACGAAGCAUAAAUAUCCAUACUAAGCAAGCAAGGGGGUCAGGAGGUUAUCUAAAAGUUGAAAUGUAUGUGCUGGUCUAUAUAAUGAGUUGUUUGUCUUUGCAGAUCUGUAUUUUUAGAAGACUGAAGAAUCCAGUGCAGCAUCAGAGCGAGUGGCAGCAGGACUGAAUGCUUCAUGAUGGGAAACUUGAAAUCAACAAGGCAGAGGAGGACUUCCUGCACAGUAAAUGACAUCCUACAGCUGCACUCUUUUAUAACCUGCUUCUGCAUUUGAUGGCAUCACUCUGCUGUCAGGCAGCGAAGUCUAAGAAAACAAGUGAGGAGUAUGAGUCACGUCAGUCAACCAGAGUGGAUACAACUUGAUAGGAUUCUUGCACUUUAAGCCCAUUAUCCAGUUAAUGAUUUGGCUUGAACUCUGUAGCCUGGCAUAGGCAGACACAUCCCACUUGUCUACAGGAGGCCAUUUUCUUAUUUUAUGGAGGCCUUGCAUAGUUGCCUGACGACUGGGGAGCAGUCCGGUGGGCAAGAGCAUCAUCAGCCAGAGUCUCCUCCCCAAGGCUCCCAGUCUAAGUCACCCCCCAAGUCUAGCGAGGAACAGCAAACUGGCUCUCGAAAGCCUCAUGGCACAGUACAGCAAACCAAACAGUCUAGAAGACAGCAUCAUGAACGUAAACGUCUACGACAUCAGAGGCAGAGCAUUGACUCGGAUACAGCGCCGGAACCCAAACAUGAGGCAACAAAACAAGGAACAAGAGUCCCACCAUCUUCAGCAGGUGGGCCAUCCCAGCCUAAACCAGAAACCCAAGAAGGCACGCCAAAACAGAAACGUGAGCGCAAGCCUCAGCGGCCAGGAAAAUAUGUCUGCACCUACUGUGGUCGUGCAUGUGCAAAGCCCAGUGUCCUGCAGAAACACAUUCGCUCCCACACAGGUGAAAGACCAUAUCCUUGUGCCCCAUGCGGCUUCUCUUUUAAGACUAAAAGUAACCUGUACAAACACCGGAAAUCACAUACGCACAGGGUUAAGGCAGGCCUGGCACUUGGGGAAACAGGGAGAUCUUUAGAGGAGCCGGCCACUGAGUCAGAAGAUGAAAGCAGACAGCCAUCAUCAGCAUCUUCCCUCACAGAAAGACAAGGCAGUGUAGCCUCAAUCAAAAGUCAUGAAACAGACAGAGCCAAAGAUUGUACUGGAGGAAGCGAUGACUCCUACGCAGUUAAGAAGAGACUAGCUCUGCGUCUAAGUAGAGGAAAGCAUGGCCUCCAUGACUCAUCUUUUGAAAAGACUUCACCUCUAAUUCUAGGGAGUAAAGGAAGUACAGAAUCAGGAUAUUUCUCUCGCUCUGAAAGUACAGAGCAGUCACAGGACAGCCCCCCUAACACAAGUGCCAAAAGCUAUGCGGAGAUCAUCCUUGGCAAGUAUGGACGUCUCGGACACCUACAGAGGAUGGCUCGGCACCAUAACCAGCAGUCUUCUGGUCAGGAGGACAAAAGCAUCCCUUUCACAGUCCCGAAGAAACAGGUUAUAGACCACAUCACAAAACUUAUCACUAUCAACGAAGCAGUGGUGGACACAAGUAAAAUUGACAGUGUAAAACCAAGGAGAUUUUCACUCUCGAGAAAGAACAGUUCAGAGUCUCAAAAGAGUUCAACUCUGAAAGAACCUCUCAUUCAUAGCCCCAAAGCUGGAGAUCUGGGCUACAAAACCAGUGGCUCCAUCACCAUGGGAGUUCCAUGUGAAAAGUUUCAGCAUCAAUCUGUCAAUGUGGAGCACCCAGCCGGCCAAACAUCCAAUACCUCUCUGAUAAGAAGUCAUUCAAUGCCGUCUGCAGCAAGCACUUUAGACACCUCAAGUAAAUAUUGCCCAAGUCAAUCCUUUGAUGAAAGACCACAUGGAUCCCGUCACUAUGGGAUGCUUAGACGGCAGCCUGCUAUUGAAAUCCCGCUUGGUUCUGAGCUCACAAAAGAGGAACACGACGCCUCUCAUUCAUUUUAUUCUGAUAGUUUAACCACUGUGCCUGACCACAAGCAAAGUCAUCCACAGCCAUAUGAGUGUGAGGCCUGUGGCAUUGGAUGUAAAGACUGGGAAGGUUACAAAAGACACAAGCAAAAUCUUUGCCUUGUACACCAUCCUAGAAAUGAGGUUGUAAUAAGUCAAAUGGAGUGCUCUCAGUUGAGCAACCACACAUUCAGAGCAGGAGCUUCAGCACUGCGCAAAAGACGGAAAGAAGAGAGUUUUGAAUUUGAUGACCCUUCUUCUCCUACAUCACCUUCUCCUGCCCUCUUGUCAGGUAGACAUAAAGAUGAAGGUAAUUCAACCCACGAGGGCCCCAGAAGACCUACGCUGCAAACCUGUUCUGUAAUACAACACACUAGUUCAUUUGAAAAACAGGAAUCAAUGUGCAAUGAGAAUCAGGGCACGGAGACAGCGAAAAACUCUCCAGUGUCUGAAGAAUACCAACUGGUUCCACAGGUGCAACCCCAACAACAAACGACAAAACCGUCAACCAGGAAGCUGGUCCGCCAACUCAGCGUGCAGGUUCCAGAAAUACUGGUCACAGAGGAUUCUAAUAUGAACACGGGAACAGAAACAGAGACAUGCUCCCAGGUGAAACAGUCAGAGAAACCUGAUGAGUUUCAGUGGCCACAGAGAAGCCCCUCAUUGGCCCAACUUCCCAUUGAAAAGCUUCCCCCAAAGAAAAAGCGCUUACGUCUAGCUGAGGCAGCCCAGUCCUCUGGUGACUCCAGUUUUGACUCCAUAUCCAUGCCCCACAGUCCAAGCCAGGACAGUAGUACAUCUUAUGCAUCUAGUCGUUCUACAUCCUUUGAGGAAUCAAGCAGACCAGAUGUAGAGACAGCAACGUCGACACCACUGAGGAGAUCAAGGGCUCCUCAUAUGUUAACAGUUCCUGGAGUGCAUCAGCACAGAGAAAUGAGGCGCUCAGCAUCUGAACAGGCCCCCCAUGACCCACAACCAAGUGUCCUAAUGGCAGAGACCCGGAGCAAGUCUUUUGACUACAGUUGUCUAUCCCCUGAACGCACAGCAGUUGGUUGGAGGGAUCGAAGAAAAUGCCUCCUCAUGAGACAUACUACUGUUCAAGAUCCAGACGAGGAGGAAGAGGAGGAGGAGAAGUGUACCAAAAGUAGUCAUAGUCCUGAACAUGCCAGCCCAAGACCAUGUUCUCAGAGAAGCCCAACUUCUGUGUUCGGCAGUGGAUCAUCGACUUCCCCAUCGUCAGGGGACACAGCGACGCAUAAUCAAGUGAAAUCACAAUGUAAAGAGAGGUUCUGUAAAUGGAAGCUCAGUCAGAAUAUUCAGCUGACAGGCGGCACAGAAUACUCUUUCACCCAGUCUGCAGAUCCUUUAAAAGAGGAGGCCCCAAACAUCUGUGCAGGGGAGCCCCCUCCUUUAGCACCACAGCCCUAUGCCACACAUGGACCAUCUGGGGCUGCCCGAGCUCAUUACCUCCCCUUGUCUACAGGACUUAAACUAGAGAUUCCUUUCUGUCAUGAUGAUAAUCUAGAAGUUCGAGUUACUCACUCCCACAUCCAGCACUCCGCCCCCCGCAUCACUUGCAGUCCAGAAAUACUAAGACCGGUCACAUCUCCAGCAGUAGCAGUGCGCCUCCAAACAGACACUCUCACCCUAGCAUGUGCCAUUUACACCACGCUGUCUCAGUCCACCUCCUCCAGAUCUCCGGAGAAGCUGAAUUCUGAUCCACAAAAUUUAAGUAUCCCAACAGGUGAUUACAGAGACAAUCGAUCUCCAAGUUCAGACCUUCAGUUGUGGUCUGACGAUGGCCUGAGGAUAUCAGGCUCUGGAGGCAAUAAGCGCAUGCUUUCUCCUUCGAACAGUAUAGAGAUCCCUAUUGAGUCACGGCAGCAGCAGAAACGGGUAAAAGAAGAAGAGGAGAGGGAGGUGGGGUUUGUUGACGAGACACUGGUGGACACCUGCAAUCAGGAAUUCAAAGGGGAAAUUCAGACAUGUCUCCCCAGUGUUUGCCCUCCUGCCAUGCAUGUUGUACCUUCAUUCCCCAGUCUGCUAUCCAGCACCUGUAAUAGCUGGUGUUAUUUGAACUACAUAAAACCAAACCCAUCGACUCUGGAUGAACAGAAGCCCUCAGUGUAUUCAUCAUGGUCCACCAGCAGCUAUGACCCCAACCCACCUGGCCUGUCCAGCAAAACGGCUCUCUCUCUGCUGCACAGUAAACAGAGGCUCAGCCCCACCAUCUACACUACAUCACCCAUGUCAGUUAGGGGGGCAGAGGAAAUGGAGCAAGGGAAUAAGAGAAGACCGUGCUCCACUGAGGUAAGCUCAAUACCAACACCAUCACAGUUGUCUUUAUAUUUGUAUUUAAAAUUACCAAAAUAAGAGAUUCUUGAAAAUUUCAUUUUUUAAAAUAUCAAUCAAAACCGAGAAGGAUACAGAGGCCAGACUACAUCUUGUGAGCACCAUUGCAGCCCAAUCUGGUAGACGUGGUUGGCCCUACCAAAUUUUUCUCUCUGUUUUCCACGGUUUUCUUUUUGCUUUUUUUAGGCUUCACUGCACAUAACAAGUAUCAUACCGAAGUGUGUAGAAACAUGGAUGUAACCUCAGUGAUUUCACCCAUUGGUUUCUGAAGCAGUGUCAAUUUUGCAAUAACACCUUGUAAUAAAUAUACCAUGAGAGAUGGUCGAUGGCGUGCGACAAGGGAUGGGCGAUAAAUUAUUGUUCACAAUAUACCAUCAGAAAAAACCUCCAUGAUAGAUAUUUGCCAUCUCCUGAUAGAUACGAUAAAUGCAAGUUGAAUAUGUGAGCGUGAGUGACAGCCAUAGCCCACACAGAGCAGAAUAACAAACACACAUGGCUGAAGGUUAUGAAGAAGACAUUUUUGAAAAGCUCGUUACUAAAUUUGGCUCCGCAUGAGGGAUUUCCUUCAAGAUUGGGGCUUAGAUGAGCGCAGUCAGUUAUGACUGACAUUGGACAGUGGAUCUGUUGCUGUUCACUCUGUCAUUAGUUUUCUCCAUAACCUACCACUCAAACUUCUGCUUAAGUAUCUUAUUUGGCUACUCCAACUGGUGUUCUCAAGACAUAAUGAGUCAAAACUAUAGACUGGAAUUAUAAAAAAUUUUAUCAGGACUUUUAUUGUUAUCGCUAGAAUGGCAAAUCUUAUCAUGAUAAAUUUUUUUGCCCAUAUCGCCCAUCCCUACAUGCAAAAUGACAACAGGGUAUUGCAUUUAAAUAAAUGGUGCUCAAAGUUAGGAAGUCAUGAAUAAUUGACACAUGGUCUACUCUCGGACCGUGCAAGAAAAGCAAGCCACUACUAGGCCUUUUGCCCCGUUAACUAGUUUGAGAGUACUGCAUGAGUUGGGUUAGAAUCUCAAGAUUGAAUUGUAGACAUUAUCAUGGUUGUCUUAAUGUGCAUUAACAGUUGAUAUUAAACAAAACUUUCAAUGAGAAUUCCCAAUUUUUUCUCCCUGGGCAUGCUGGAGCAGGGUUGGUGAAUUUGCCCAUGUUUCUUUCGAGUGUAGGUUUACAAAAGCCAGUCGUGCUGCAGAGACCAGGAAGGAUCCAAGAGGGGGCAGUGGUCUGCAGGUGACAACAGCUCGAACAGGAAAGAGGAGAAGGACAAGGAGGAAAAGGAGGACGAUAUACUCUUGUGCUCCAGAGACACAAAACUACCAAGUGUUUACAUCCCAGAGACAGGGUGAGUCUGAACUCAGGGCUUCUCAGCACUGUGAGAUGUACAAGAACCAAAAAAAAACCUGUCUGUAUCCAUUACGAUCCGACUUACGUAAUUGCUUGCUAUGUUUAUAUCUUGCGUCACAUAUCGUGGUAAGUUGUGGAAACUGUGUCUAUCCACCUUGAUGGAGGGGCCAAGGGUUGGCUGCCUACACCAACAGAGCCCGUCUGUUAAAGAGCUGAAGCCAGGAAACUACCUAGCUUCCUUUUGCGCCUGCAGAGAUUCAUUUACACCAACCAUCACAGCCAUUCAAAGAGAGCAGCAGCGCGUUUUAAUGCGAAACAAGCACAUGAUACACAGAACAAACUAUAUCAGAAAAUGGCAAAAGGUGUACUGUCAGUUUUAUUAAAGAUUAAGCAUUUUUUUAGAGAGUUUAAAGGAUAAUCCCGCAUGUUUUUCAAAUCUGUCUUCAAACCAUUCUCAGGCUCCUGUGUAAUCAUUGACAGAGCUUAUACUUGCUGUUAUCCCUCCUGCUUGUUCUGGCUGAAAGAUCCAUUCUUAAUUACUCUAAACUGAAAAGAUGGAGGACAAAAUCAAGUCCCCAUUAUGUGCUAAAUUAUAUUCCACAGUUUAUCUAACGCUUACAUAAGGCUUUAACAGUCUGAAAUCUUUCUUCAUCACAGUCUUUUGGUGUUAAAUGCCUUUUUUAUUCCAUUCAUUGCUGCAGAGUCAACAGAAACACUGAGGUUUAGACAUUGUGAUAUGUGUUUAAUAUGUGUAAUGUUAUAUCUAGCUUGACUGUUGAUAAGAGAUCACAGUAAUAAUAUAGAGUUUUAUAUUCAAAACCUAAUAAGAAUACUACUGCUACCCCAGCUCCUCCCUUUUAUACUGUCUGAGUUUACCAGUAUCAUAUGUAUUAUUACUGAUGCCUGCCACAGGGUCUUUGCUGCUGCUCUCCCCGCCUUAGCUUUUCAGAUAUGCACAUUAGGGAUGCACCAAUCCAAUAUUUGAUAUUUGUAUCGAUCCCAAUACUGAAGAAAAUUCUAGAUUGGGUAUUGUGACAAUGGGCCCGAUGCAUAGGGGCUGAUCUAUUCAGUCUAACUCUAUGCUAUACACGGUGAGUGGCAUCCACAAGUAAACACGCUGAGCGGAUGCCCACAUUGUUUUCAAAAUGGAGCCGAGCAAAGUGGUCUGCUAUCUUGAACAAACUCAACGGCCAUUUGCAAUACCUGCGCAGUAAACGUUCUGAGAGGCAGUGGUAAAAUUUUAGGUUACAACAAAGGGUAAUUCGGUGCGACCUUUCUGUAUCGGAAUUGGGUCGGUAUCGGCUGUAGAUAUCUUUAUCGGUAUCAGAGGUGAAAAAAGCAGAUCGGUGCAUCCCUAAUGCUUAUGAAACAGAAGGGCGCUGUGCCCUCCCUGCCUCGUAGAAGGUCAGAAAACUCUAACAACAGAGCCAUACUGUCAAAUAUAGCUUACUGAAUGCAAAUCAUUAAUUUCCUGUCAAAAAUGAUCUUGAUACAGUUGAUCGCUGCAAUCGCUGUAUAUCCCUCUUAACAGUGGUGUGCUGUGAAGAAAUAACAGACCAUUUAAACGGCUCCUGUGUGACAACAAAUCAGAAUCAAGAAUCGAGGCUUUGGCACAACCAUGUAGUAAAAAAAGAUAACAUGAAUGACUCAUUGACUACCAGAUUAGUAAAACUCUCUUUGCAGACCUGUUAGGUAUAAGUUUAGUUCCGCCAUUUCUCAAAUUAAUUUGUUCCGAGAUCAAACCGGACAGGCUCUGUACUUCUGAUUCUCAUCCGAAAUAAACACUGCUGCGAGGAGACGCAGGAGAGUGCGGAGAGGUGCCAUCUGUGUGUCUCUUUUUGGUUUGGGAGUGUGUCUGUGAACAAAUCCCUGUUGUGAGUCAUGUUGACUCUCAUCACACUCUUCCUAAAGGAGUGAGUCAUCCUCGCGCCUGCUAGCUCGCUUCUCUCCGUCUGAACAGUCUGUCUGAGGGACAAAAGGACAGAACUGAUGCAGCCAUGCCGUUGAACAUCACCUCCUUUUCCUUUUGUUGUGAGUAAAGGCAAGGGCUCCUGGAUUUAAAUCGUCAGUGAGAAUGCAAGUUCAUAAAAAGCUUUGGUUACUUUAAAAUGUUUAUGUAGAAGGGCAAAGUGGGCCUCUUUCAUUCACCUAAAAGUUUUUCAAGAGCGUUAGAGACACCAUUUAUGACACCCAGUAUUUCCAGCCAUGUGAAAGUAGCUGAAAAAAGGUCAGAUUAAAAUCAGGAUGAUUGUUUGUCAUAGGAAUGUGUUUUCAUUUUGUGUUUUUUCUUGCUUAUUUGGAGCAGCAGCUGGUCAGGGCCAGGGUUUCCCUCCCUCUGGCGCCUGUUUUUAUUGGCAUGCUGCAUCAAACCCCAGGACCUUGGGCCACAUUGCAGGCUCCCCCCUUGUUUAGACUCGGAGGUGGUGUGAGCUGUGAUGGGUUGUAAGGCAGAAAGGUGGGGGUUAGGGGUUGGAGGGGGUCUGGUCUUGGCUUAUGAAAGCUGCUCUGUGUAAGCUGAAGUGGGCGCCUCGCUGAGGGACCCUCAGUGUGCGUGGCGGGGUGGACCCCGGGUCCAGCUGCCACAGUGUGAGCUCCCUGUGUAGCAGAGGCCAAACAGAUAGCGCACUCACGCUGGAUAAAUACAAGCACUGAAAGCUGCUUACAGGUGCUACAGGGCCUGCAGCCUGUCAGUCAGCUCCAGUUACACUCUUAUUGAUUGUGACCAUCAUCCUCAGAGGAGCAGCAUCAAUAGACAAGUGACAGGGCAACGCUCUGAGGAUGAAACUGAAACCUCUUGCUCUCUUCACACCCACAGAUCAAAUGUGAAGCAAGCUACCAGUCAGAGUGGAGGUGGAGAGAAGAGCCAGUGUGACAACUGUGUUCAACAAAAGUGCAUCCCUGGCAUCAGCACUUCGUUACUGUACACCUCCAAACAAUCAAGUGUUUCUUUCAAAGCCAAAGGUAAGAUUCAGAGUAAUGGUUCAAUAAGUGGUAUUUGCAUGGUUUGUCACCAUGAAUCAAGCAUGAGCACAGUUUUUCUAGGGAGUUUGACUGAUUGAACACAUUUGUUUUUACUCCUCUCCCUUUUUAAGCUGUGCUGCUGCAACUUUUUUAAGUUCUUUGUAUUUGACUUUUAGUACCAGGAUGGCAAGAUAUUUACAGUAACAUUCAAAAUCACGAGCGUAGUUGCUUUUUAGGGACAGGCAAAUGUAACGUACACUGAGGUUACUUAGAUAGCAUAAUUUCUACUUUUUGAGCUUCUCAUCCUAAAUCUAUUUCAGGAAAAAAAUUACGACUUUUAAAGUCAUUCUGAAAUAGUGUUAAGUACUUCCCUGAGGUAUCUUUAGGUAUUUAGGGGGUUCACAUCCUUCCACAUAGCUGCAUUUUAGACAUUCAGUCAAAAUUAGUUGGGCUUUGUUCCCUAUGAUUUGCAUUUCCACAGUCAAAAGUUAGGAGAGGUAUUAAAAUAAUGACAAUAAUUAAUCUGUAAAAUUAUGUACCACAAUGUAUAAUCAAAUUUAUGUAAACUGACAUUUAAAUUUAAUUCCAAGUUCAAUAAAUUAUUUUGAUAGCUUGUGUUUCCAAAGGUUACUAACCAGUUCUUUUAACUGUUUUUCUUCAGCUCUAUAAUUUAAGAACUACCAGAAAGUAGUAGACUUAUAAAUGAAAGCAUCAUUUUUUUUACGUUGUAAAUGAAGCAAGCUCAACUUAAGACAGAAAAAAUGUCAAAAUGAAAUCAUACCACACAGUAGCUUCAUAACAGGGUACCUGCAGGGUCUUGAUAAGUCUUAUAAUAACUAAAAUCCCAAAAUUUGAAUAUGUGGCCUUUAAAUGUCUAAAAUUCUCUUAAAAUCUCACAAAAAAAAUUUCUAAAUACAAUUUUGAAAGGCCUUAAAGAUGUCUUAACACUACUUACAAAUUAAUAAAAUGCCAUAGGAAUAAAGACUGAUUUGAAGUAAUGUAAAAUGUUUUGAUUUCCUUUCAUAUCUUUUGUACUUUAUUUAUGUAGAUGUUAAAUGGGUCUUAAAUUGUAUUCAUUAUGGUCUUUAAAAAGUCUUAAAAAGUCUUAAAUUUGACUUGUUGAAACCUUUAGAGACCCUGCGCAAGGUAAUAUCAUCUUUAAAAAAUAUAGGUCCAGGGAAUGGUGGUGAUGUGGAUAAGUCAUUAAUUUGAACAUCAUUUUGAAUAGAUGAUGAGAGGUUAAUUGUAUGUAUAAGUCAAGUUUAAGAAAUAAUUUGUUUCUCUACUGUUGUCUUGCCUUUUUUAAAUAUGACUGAUUGUGGUGUUUUAUUUUGAAAUUAACCAUAUAGUGAGGUGAAAAUCUGAUAAUUUGACAGGCCUUUGAAGCACUAUUGAAAAUGUGAGAGGAAGUUCGUAAUGUUUUUAAAGAAACUUUGGUGUCUUAUAGGAGUCUGUGAAGAACCGACUGUUCAGCCACACACUCAAAAAGAUCCCAAGUCCUCUGAUUCAGGAAAAAGCGGACAAGAGGAAGAUGACAACGCAAAGAACACAAUCCGCAGAUGUGAUGAAGAUAACAGGACCAAGGUGGCUGAAGGUUCUCACACUGCUUCAUCUAACAGAGAGAAAACUCAUUCGGACCACCAACCAAGGGAAAGUGAACCCCAACAGUCCAACCCACUUCCCCACAAAGAUUCAAUCCAGAGAAGCUCUGCUAGUGUCAGGAGGGCCCUGUUCGCCCGCAGACGCCUUGAUGCUUCAGCAUCUUUAACCCCAGGAGGCCCACACUCUCCAAGCACUCAAACCCUGAUUCCACCAAAGGAGCCGUCUCCACCUCGCAGCCCAUCACCAAGGCCUCACAUGUCCCUGUCCCCGCUUCCCUCUUCUUCUUCUCUCUCCCCAUCUAGUUGUUAUGUCUCCCCCUCCCCUCUGAUUCCAGUCUCCCCUCUCAGAGGUCUUUCUCCUACAAUAACCCAGUCCCAUGGAUCUGAGUCCCCCAGGCCUCCAGGUUUACUGGCAAACACCUCUGCUCAAUGUCACGCCUGUCUUCACCCAAGAGACCGGCUGUCUGCAGCGAGACUGGUGAGUCACUUUAGCUUUUGCUGGAACAAAACAAGGUGACAUAACAUCUUUCCAAGCAUCUUCUCCAUCUUACAUAAGUGAAACUGUUGUUUUUAUCUCAGCCUGAAUCUGUCAUGAUGCUGUUUUCUGUCAAAGAUAAAAUAAAUGCUGGGUAAAAUUUUGUGGGUUUUGCACAAACCGCAGUAUUCACUCACCUGUGACUCCAUCCACCUCUGUUGGUUUAGUCCACAGUUUUAAAUAAAUCAGCUUUUGCCCGCAGAGCUAAUCUUGUGUGGCUCAGCUAAAUCCCAGUAAGUCAACAUGUAGAACAAAUAUAGAUAGGCGGGUGCACAAGAGGUUAUUUUAAAGUUGUGCAUUUUUCGGAAAAGAGGAGGCACUCUUGUUUUAUAUCACUCAAAUCAACCUACAGCUCUAAAACCUGGACAUAUUGCAAUAGGGAUCCCAAAUAGACAGGGCGUGUUUUCUCUGGGCAGCCAGUGAUAAAAUGAGAAACAGACCAAUCAUUAACCACAUGUGGAUAAAAACUACCUGUUUGAAUAUUUGAGCUCGCGGUAAUUUAAUUAAAGGGAAAAAAAUGUGUUUUUCAAACUUGUGGUUGUUUGAUAGUGCAACCUCAUUAUUUCCUCCUCUUAUUGAUACGGGUCUCAUAUGAGGAGAUGGGGAUUCAUAUUCUCUGCAGGGUAUUUUUUGUUUUUAUUUGUUGGGUGUCUGGCUUUUUUUGAGUUGCUUGUUUUCUUUUGCAAGAAGGUGGGAUUUGUACGCAAGAGAAUUAGGGCCACAUAAGUACAGAAACAAUAAUAACAGGAAGGAGAUUAAAGUCAAAAUUUUGGGAUCAAAAAAAUCAAAAUUUUUCAAGAAGGAGAAGAUUUCGAGAUAAAAGUUGUAAUUUUUUAAAUUUUUACUUUAAUCUCCAAAUUUUGAUUUUUUUUAUUUCGACUAAAAUGUCAACUUUAAUUUCGUAAUUUCUACCUUUUUCAUUUCGACUUUUUAAAUUUUGGCUUAAAUCUCAAAUUUUUUAUUUUUUAUUUUUUAAAUUUUGACUUUAAUCUCGAAAUUUUUGAUUUUUUUUAAAUUCUGACUUUCUACGGUUCAACUUUAAUUUUGAAAAUUCAAGUUUAACCUCAUAAUUUUGAUUUUGUUCAUUUUGACUUUUUAAAAUUUCGACUUUAAUCUUGAAAAUUCUGCUUUAAUCUUGACAUUUUGACUUUAAUCUCGAAAUAGAAAUUUAAAAAAAUUCCACCUUUAAUAAUUUUUUUCUCUUCUUGUGGCCCUAAUACUAUUUUUGUAGAUUUGAGAAGAACAAGAAAUCAGCAAACCCUGGGUUGUUAGCUGAUGACAGCAAUCUCUGGGUUAUAAGUGUGUAUCUCUAAAUCAUGAUUUAAAUAUGACAUUAAAUGUGAUGCUAAUAUUGAAUAUUGGACCUUGGCUGAAGUUUAAGCCAAAACCAUAUUUUUUUGUGUAGUCAUUUCUAUUGAUCCAUACAAACACUGACUGUAAAUGGUUGCUGCUGCUCUGAAAAGUUAGUUUUUUUUCCGCCCUUUAUUUAUUUAUUUUUUCCAGUUUGCUGUUGACCUCCUUUUCAUUCAGACUUCAUUCUGUCUUGUUUUGUUGUAGUCUGUGGAUGAGGUUGGUCUGACCCACAUCCCCCUGCAUCGGCCUCGGGGAGCCCUCAACCUCCUGAGUCACCUUCCUCUGCACUCCCAGCAGCCCAGCAGGUCCCCGAGCCUCCUCAUCCCUAUUGGGGGGAUUCACAUGAUUCAGCCCAGGUCCCCCCUCCCUCUGUACAGCCUGGUGACCAGCCCUACAGCAGUUACAACUGCGGGGAUAGGGGCAUCCUGGAGACUAAGUGACACGACAAAGGGGAGGUUUUCUCUGCUGCAGCGACAGGAUACUCUCAAAGAGAUGUCACCUAGCAGCCUAGCCAAACCGCUGGACCUCAAGGCGUUAGAGGGGACGUCCAGGAGCAGCUUACUGGACACUUUACUGCCCAGAAAGAGCCAAGGCCCUAAGAGUGCUGGGACAGAGAUGAAGCAUCAGAAGGUAGACACAGACGCACAUUUUACAGACAGGUGUGUUUACCCCAAAACCACCUAAGGCCAAAAACAGGCUCCUUCCUCCCAGACACAGCUGUGAUAGGAGGAAGAGCCUGAAGGGAAAGUGCAAAAGAUUUGUAGUCUAGAAAACCAGAGGCUGUUGUUAGCACAUAGCACUGGUUUAGAGACAGAGGAGACAAAAGGCAAGAGCACUUCAGCACCGCUUCUGAAUGACGCUGUUAUGUAAUUAUAUGAAUAAUAUAUAUAGACACUAUGUUAGAUAUGCAGUAUGUUUUGUAAGUCUUUUUUUACCCUCUUGUUUGAUGUCAUCGGUGUUAAUUUAUUUAUGUGCUAUUAUGCAAGUUCUGUACAAUAUGCAAGAGCAGCUGGAAUGAAAAUAGACAAAGUUUUAAUCAGUUUCCCUCUUAUCCUCUCCGACAGCUCUAAUAUACUAUUGCUGUGUAAAUGUACUGUAUUACCAAAAUGGAUAUAGAAAGGUACUACAAAUAUUUAUUCACCCCGAACAGUAUUUUAAAGUGCAAUUUUAUGUCGAGAUUGUGGUUUGAAAUGUCAUUUUUAAAGGCUGUGAUGAAUAUGAUUUGUCCGUUUUGUUUUCGUUAGUUGUUGUCGUCUUUGUUUGUGUUUCAAGAAGCAGGGUUACGAUCACCUCCUUUUCUAGCGUCCUUCAGAAAAGAAGUUUCAGAUCAAGACAUUUGCAGUGCACUGACAAAAAAAAAAAAAAAAUUUGAUACCCAGAGGAAACCUGUUUCACGUACAUGGUAGCUACGGUGCCGUUUUUUUCAUAUACAGAUACAUGUAUUUUUGUGUUGGUGCUUUUAUAAAUGAUACAAUCACUCUGUCAUUUUCAUGUUUACCAUUAAACUUCUCAUUUUUACAGAUUUAUAUUAAAACCGUCUUUU